AUGCCCGGGGUACCAAAAGACCACAUGACCGCUUCGACGAUUUUCGACGACGACCCCGCAUCUUUCGGCGCCCCCACUUCCCAACCUCAGAAUGAGACGCGUUUCAGUUUUGACUCAGAAUUCACAGCCCGCGUGCGAACUGUUCUCGUCGCUGGGAACCCCGGGAAAGAAUUCGAUCAUGUGCUCACUCUCCACCAAGCCAUGACCGGAGCCAUCCUCUCCGUAAAGCGCCUCAGGAAAGGUAACACCGCCAGCGAUACCCGUCGCAAAUCUUCCAGUUCUCGCGCAUUGUACCCUGUCGCAUCGUGUGUCAAGAUCACGCCGUGGGAUGAAGUCGCAAGGACGGGAACCGUGGCCAUUCAUUUUGACAAGCCUGACAAUGUUGAUGUCGAGUCACAUGAAGUCCGCCAAGCGAGGCAGGCAGGUAAGCUUGGAAGGUCUCGCCAAUCCACUAGAACAGCUCGCACCAAGGUCACCAUGAUUUCCGUUCGCGGUUGGUCUUUAGAAUCCGUGGCGGCCGUCCGCCAGACAUGGGACGCCCUCAGCGAAGCGGUCGCACUGAGAAGAUCCAUCAGCAACGCUCAAACGCCACGUGUCUCAUCCGAUCGCAUUACUUUGCGCACUACCAUUAUUGAUGAGAAGACCAGGAUGCGAGAGAGGCGUCGACGCUCUGAAGAUCGCCGGCUUUUGCCCAGCAUUUCUCCGUCGUCUACAGGUCGACUUUCUCAGGGACGAAAAGCAAUGAACAUCAUGUCUUCAUCCAAGAAGGCAACCGCUGGUCGGUAUUCUGCACUUUCGAAGGGAGCAACUGGACGAACAAGCUUUUCAGCAUCUCUUAUUGGCGCUCCCAACCUCAGCGACUUUGACAAGAAACCGCUACGGAAUGCUACCCCCAGAACUCCUCCUGCAAAGGCCCCUGCUCCAGUUCGCAGAGUGUUGAAUUGGAACAAUUCACCUGACACAGACCCAACGCCGGCAAACUCAAAUUCUAUUGCCACGCAGAAAUCUGGUCAAAAACGCGAACGGGAGACCGCUUCAUCUGCCGAGGUGUUGGCCAAGCGACAAAAGUACAUCUCAGAGCAGCUCAAAAGUCAUAAGAGGCUCUCUCAAACUGCGCCAUCGAAUAGGAUGCUGCGCUCCAGCCUGCAGACUCUUCCUAAGAGCUCCACAUCCUCCAUUUCCAAUAAUGCUUCAGGUAUUGUCAAUGAUGGAAAUACAUGUUAUCUCUCUGCCACUGUCCAAGCUUUGAUGUGUGACCAGGAUCUGAUGGACCGUCUCCGCAGACGGACGCAGUCAUGCCCAAAGUCGGCACCGUUUUCAGCAGCAUUGAAGGAAAUGUGUGACGAUCGAGACUCUUCGAAAACGCUGAGGGCAGGGCUCAUCCGACAGGCCGUAUCGAAGCAUUUUUCUCAAUUCUCUUCUUCAGACCAACAAGACGCCCACGAGUUUUUUCUUCGAUGUCUUGAUGUCUUGGCACGAGAGUUUGCAUCGGGAAAGCUUCAAGAGUCCCCGACGCACGCCAGCUAUUCCCUUGUACAAGAACAGCAGUUUACAUGCACAUCAUGUGGCCACCAAACGAAACCGCGCCAUGAAAUUUUGCGAGGUCUGAGCCUUGAUAUACCAGAACUAACAGAAACGAGUGGUGAAGUCAUAGAAAUAUCCGAACGCUCCAUCCAAGACCUUGUCAAUGUUUACUUUGCUCCUCAAGAUUUACACUUGGAUUGCGAUAGUUGUGAUGGGAAAAAUGCCAAGUCACACACUGCGAUCGUCCUGCCACCCCGCUCUCUUGUUCUUCACGUCAAGCGGUUUGGUCUCGAUUAUGAUAGCAACACUGGAGUUGCCUCGAUUACGAAAAUUUCUGACCGUGUCAAUAUCCCGGAAAGCAUCUCCCUAUGUUCAGUUCUUGCCCGUACAGCAUCGUCAUUCCAAGAUGCUGUUUCAGCAAGGACGUGCGCGGAUCUCGUUGAUAAGAAUUCGCUUAGUGAUGUAACCACGAGUUCCGUUCACAAGAUCGGGGGUCACUUCUCACCACCCUCAAUUGCCCCAAUAGAUAGUCCAGUGCCAUCAUCAAAGACUCAAUGUCUUAGCCAAGUUUCUCAAGUCCAGCCACCGCCAGAAUCGGAUCCAUCCAAGCGACCCCGCACACAUCAUGAACCUUUUAACUUAGCACGACGGUUUCGCGUUCUUGCAAAUCCAACUCAUGGUAAGAGUAAUGUUGCCCUGUCCACAAGUCUUACCAAGAGUUCCUCACACCACCGCAAUCCAAACGCAUCCGCUCAGGAUGAAAUUCAAGAUGAAAUAUGCGCAUCACAGGCCAGUAUAGCAAUAGGCGGUCAGGUAGGACUUGAACAUCACGUGAAAGCUAUCACAGACCUCGGCUUCUCCAGAGCCGAAGCGCAGCAAACUCUGCGAGAGGCGAAUCACGACAUCACACUGGCCAUGGGCCUGGCAAUGGACAAGAAGCGGCAAUUGCGAGGAACGGUCAAAGACCUCAACGACGAUCUGCUUGAUUGCAUCUCUGAAGUAAAGCAAAGCAAUGUCGUCGGAAACAGGCCUUCGGGAAAGUACAAGCUCGCUGCCGUUAUCCGUCAUCACUCCGAUACUACCGACAAUGGGCACUAUGUAGCUGAUGCGUUGCAGUCGGAUGGAUCAUGGCUUUGCUAUGAUGACGCUUCAGUCUUCAAAAUGAGCCACACAGAACCCCAAUCGCGCGAAGGAUACUUGUGUUGGUACAUUGCCGAAUAAAUUACCUCAGUUUUGGACUCUAUCAUCUCUUGAACGUGAAGUAUGCCUUCGACACGUUAGAUGCAUCGGGAGGGGUCACUGACUUCAAACUCUUUCAGGCUGCAACGAAGUGGAGUAGAGAGUCCGGUAGCUAAAUUUCACUGACCAACUCAUGCAGCUUUAAUGUGACGUCGCCGCCUGAAGCCCUUAAUCCAUCUGCGCAAGGCAUUGGUCACCGUUCGGUGCCAUGGCUCACGAAUGACCGCGCUAGCCAUAGCGGUUGUGAAUAUCGGCACGUAGUCACUGCUAGAAGAUGAGGAAUCGAUUUCAAUUUCAGUGCCGCUAAUCGGGGGAAAGCGUUCCAGGCCCCCCAGCCGGUGUUCCCUGGCUCUCGCCCAAGAAUAAGAUCUUGAUCGGAAUGGAGCUGUGAUUCCAGGCGCUAGCGUCAGUCUCCGUUCCUGGAAAGAGCUCGCAAAUGCCGUCUGGGAUGACAAAGGCCAAUCCGGCUCCGGCGGUUUCGGUUGCUCGUAAGAAAACUCAAGCGGCAUGCCGCCGCGAGUAGCACCAAAUCGUCCAAACUGGGCGUUGAUGGAGGUCCCAUCCCAUUACCUGUUCGUGAUACCGACAGUGCGCGAGUGCGGAGCAACCGUACACGGCUACUACAACAGCAACUAGGGCGUCAAGUAGGGGGGACUUGAGUCAUAAUUUUGUUGAAACGUCCCGCAUAGAACAUAGUCAGCGCCGUGCACGCGGAAGGGGACGGGGCCAACGACGUCGUUAACUGCCCUCUGAAGAGCCAGGCCCCUGGUGAGACCAAGACCGGUUGAGGCAAGCUGAAGAAAAUAAAUGAUUGUCGAAAAAACACAUCACUGAAUGGCCCACCUGUACAUCUGCAACGGUCAUGUCCAGCCAGACAAAACCCGGCAUUGCAUGCAGUGACCAUGAUUCACCUCAUGCACGGGCCCCACCUUCCAGCUCGUGAGUCCCAUGAUGCGCACACCAUAUCCUCUUGCGGCAAGAGCAAGAGGUGCCACCUCUUGCUCUUGCCGCAAGAGUCUUGCCUGGCAUCCGAAAGGGGUUGUCUAACAAGAACCUCCAACGAGAGAUGGGUUACAGAAGCUUGCGCAUCCAGAUCCUCUGACGGAGGCGAAAGCGAGGGAAUGCCUACAUGCUCUGAGCAGAUCUCGAUGUGUCCUUAACAAACACUGGAUCCACCGGCGUGUUCGAAACUGAAAUCUUCGCGAGCGCGCCAUGCGUCGAAAGCCUGAUACUUCCAGUAUCUUGACGGUACGUCCUGCUCUGGCACAUCGAAAAUACUUUCGUCCAUGCGAGCAAACAAGUGCCGCGGUGGGCCAACGCAGCCGCCCAUGUUCGAAUAGCUAAUAAAGCUCUCGUCGAGAUGA